AUGAUGAGAGUGAGAGUGUGAGAGCUGUGGGGUGUGAGUUGAGUUGAGUUGUGUGGGGUAGUUUCAAAACAAUCAAAAUACGGGGAUGCGGACGUCCCAGUUCGUCGCGUUCGCGGGUUUAGCGGGUGUGUAACGGGACGACAUCGCGUAAAAUGAGACGGCAUGUCCCGUACGACGCGACUUCUCAGCGGGCUGCUCAUCGUCCUCUCGGCGAUCGCGCUCUGCGGUGGCGCGGAUCCGUACGAGAUCGACUGCAAUAACCUGCGAAUGGGGCAGUACAUCUGUCCGCAUCCCGAUUACGAUUUCAUAGACCCGAAAACGCAGCAGCCGCGCGGCUGCACCAAGGAGAACAAGGCCAAAGUGGUAUGUCUAGCCGCCGAUGACCUCAUCUGCAUAGAAACGAAGAAUAACACGUUCAAGAAGGAUAUACCUUGCAAAUGGACAAAUGGAUAUUCCUUCGAGACGUCCCUACUGCUGUCGAUAUUUCUUGGUAUGUUCGGCGCGGAUCGAUUUUAUCUGGGAUAUCCCGCCCUGGGUUUGCUCAAGCUGAGCACCCUGGGGUUCCUCUUCCUGGGCCAGUUCGUCGACGUGAUUCUGAUAGCCACGCAAAUCGUAGGACCGGCAGACGGUUCGCACUAUGUGAUGCCAUAUUAUGGUGCUGGGAUUAACAUCAUAAGGAGCAACAAUUUUACGUAUAGAGUGCCACAAUACGACUGCUGAGAGAAAAAAAAACAGUAUAUCCAAAGCAUAUAAAAAUUACUUUUCUGAAAACAUAUAUAUAUAAUUGUAUAAUAGCCUCUGUCGCGAGCAACGAUGUAUAAAUCCUAGAAUGGAGUCCUAUUUCGUUAUUAUAUAUAUAUAUUUCAAUAUAAAUUAUUCUCCGUAUUUCUAUUCUAUGCGAUAAGUUGAACGUUAACUUGUAGAUAUUCGUCUCUCAACGAAAAAUACUGUAUAUAUAUUUACUACUGAUUUAGGCAUUGCCAGCUGAUGUAUAAUUAAGUAAUAAACUUUCGUUUUUUAUUCCUAA